AUGGGGCUUGGAGUGCCUUCCAGGUCCAACACCACUGGGGCUGUCGCGGAUCAGGGCAGAACAGUGACGUGGCUGCUGUGCGUCAGAGAGGAGCCAAACGAGACUUCCACAACAUGGCUGUGGACCCUGCCAGUCACCACAACGGUCCUCGGCUCUGUGACCGAAGAACCCACUGAGGAGACGACCGUGCAGGAAAGUACUACUCUUCGCGUCGCAAACGCGGGCAUCAUCUACCUCGGCGACGUCCAAUGCGACAACCCAUAUGCCGUGCAGCGCGAGCUGCAGUGGUGGGAGCAGCCCAGCACUCUGAUGAUGAUUGGCGGCGGCCUGGGGCUUUGCUGCCUUUGCUCCGUUUGCCUUUGGUUCUGGGGCAUUUGCCACCGCUGUUGCGGCUGCCGGGGUCCCCGGCCGCAAAGCGUGCUGAAGGCUUUGCAGCAUUUGGACCUUGCGAGGUUCUUCCAUCCGAAGAUGAUCUUCGGCUUUGAAGACUUUGGCGACGAGGUUCCGAAGAGUUCGGUUAUCCUGGAACGUAUACUGCCCACAUUGGGCUUGGACGCCGGUGCUGCAAUCUUUGCCGACGACGACCCAAGCAAUGUCCGGGAGGUUCAAAGCAACUGCCCCGGCAUUUGGGUCGUGAAGUCCCCACGCAGCGGAAUGGGCGGCGAGGAGUUCACCCAAAUCUUGGCACAAGCGUCACGCCUCAGGCAUACACUUUUGGCACUCUUCCGGAGGGGUGCUGCGAUUUUCUGCGCGGCUUCCCUCGCGAAUUUUCCGCGAAUGGACUGGGACCCAUUCGCAGACCCGGCGGACGCAGAGCAGACGCCUGAAACACGCCAGGCAGUGACGAGCGCGCCCUUUGCCACUCAGCACGAGGUGGCAUGGGCGCCUCCACCCCUCCAGCGCCCCAUUCGUGUUGCCUGUUUGCACGGCACGUGCUCCAACGGGAACGUCACCAAGGUUCAGCUGCAGCGAGCAGCCAAGAUGUGCGGAGAUGAGGUCGAAUUCAUUUAUCUGGAUGGUAGGAUGCCCUCCGACCCCAGCAAUAUCAUGUAUGAGGAGAUGUCGAAAAACUUCAAAGGUCAACAGUUCUACGACUGGGCCAAGUGGAUCACCGAGAGCGAUGACCUAGAGACAGACGUAAAAAAACGAAAGUAUCGGGACUUGGAUGUGAGGCUGGACUCCAUUCAAGACCUUCUUCGCCAGCAUGAGCCGCUGGAUGGAGUACUUGGCUUCUCCCAGGGUGCCAAUAUGGCAAGUUUACUUGCAGCUCAGGCUGUCGCGGGCCAGGGUGUGAACUUUGGAUUUGUGAUCCACUGCUGCCCGGCAGGACCUGGUUGGGUCAAUCAGCGUCCUGACCUGUUCCCGGCCAAGCUGCCCAUGAGAAGUUUGCAUAUCAGCGGCGAAAAGGACACCAAUCCUAUGCUUCCACUGCUCGAGCUGUAUGAAAAUCCAACGGGCUUAUCGCACAGCGAUGGCCACAAACUGAUUCCAAGCUCUGGUGGCCGCGAGGAAGCCGACUCCAUUGCAAAGUCAAUUGCGGCCGCCUAGUUGCAAAUUGCAACGGCGGCGGGGCUUCAUUUCAUGAUUGUGUGUUUGUGUGACCAGUCUGGUCGCGAUACUGUUGGGUUGGAGCUUGCGCGAGGCAUUUAUCAUGGGGCCGCUCAAGUAGCCGCGAAGAAAAGUGAUGGUGCUUGCACACUCAGCAAUGCGAACUGCCGGCUUGCAAGGUGGCUCACAGCUUAGACGCUCAGAAAGGCAACGAUAUGUAUAAUUUCGCACGCGCACAAAGAUGUGAACAUCGCAUCCAGAAUUAGCAAUAUUGCACGCAAGCAGGCUCCUGUCCUGCUGGUUGUUGGACCA